CUCUGUCUGAAAUCAGAGUUCUGGGGUUGAAUUACUUCAGGAUCUAUCCAGUAAAAGUAUUACGUUUCGCUCACCAGAAUUGUUAUAGUUACAUCUUUCACAAUGCUUUUAAUCUUGUUUACAUUGCUCUUAGUUGUUUCUAGCUUUUUAGAGGCAAAGCAGAAAGAUUUUUAUACUUUUAAAGUAGUGAACAUCAGGGGAAAGUUAGUAUCCUUGGAGAAAUACAGAGGUUCGGUGUCCCUGGUGGUGAACGUGGCAAGUGAGUGUGGCUUCACGGACGAGCACUACAAGGAGCUGCAGGAGCUGCAGAGGAAUUACGGGCCCUACCACUUCAAUGUGCUGGCCUUCCCCUGCAACCAGUUUGGCCAGCAGGAGCCUGGCAGCGACAAGGAGAUCGAGAGCUUUGCCCGCAGGGUCUACAGUGUCUCCUUCCCCAUGUUCAGUAAGAUUGCUGUGGUUGGGACUGGGGCCAAUAACAUUUACAAGUACCUGGCAGAGUCUUCAGGAAAGGAGCCAGACUGGAAUUUCUGGAAGUACCUGGUGGACACCAAUGGGAAAGUUGUGAACUCAUGGGGGCCCAGUGUGUCCAUUAGAGAAAUCAGGCCAUACAUCUCUGACCUUGUGCGGCAGAUCAUCCUGAAGAAAAAAGAUGAACUUUAGAAGUAAUCUAAGAUAACUAUCAUUUAGCCAAACUCUACUAGAACAACACCCUAUCCCAGCACACAACAAUGGUACAAACACACAAACUAAAACCUACACAAACUUUUAAGUGGCAUUCACUGUUCUUUCAUGAACAGUAUUCAGCCUCAUACCAUUUGAAAUUGAUCCAAGAGAACAUUUCUUCUUUGAAGCACCUGGUGAAAUGUGGAACUAGAUUUUGAGAUAGUACACAGACAUCCCACCCUUUUGAUUGAAUGAUGCCCGCAAAUUAUUUUUUCAUUUUUUGCAAUUCAAGACACUGGAGUUAUAUUAUGGUGCUUUUAUGGUUUAGACUUAUGUUCUCAUUCUUUACAGUUUACUGGACUGAGAAAAGUUAAAACUGAGCAUUUGUUUGACACGUGCACAGCUUCACAUUUUGGUUUUUCUUGGUACGUAUGUGUGGACCAAUAAACCUUUUUUAUAUAAA